AUGGAGAGCGGUGAAUUAAGUUGUGAUCAAAGCGAGGUGUUAAUUAGUUACUUGAUGAACGGGAGGGGUAAAAUCCAUCCAAUGUUCAUAAGGAAUGAUAGACAUGUGGAAUUAUAUAUGAUUUGCAUUGAUUCUGAUAACUCCAGACCUAUAUUGCGGGUUAAAGUAUUUGAAAGGUCCCGGGAGGAAGCUUCCACAUCAGCCCCACCCCCACCCUCACCCCCACCCCCACCCCUACCCCCGAACGUGGAUGAUACAUCAAUGGAAUACGAUUUCAUGGGUUGUGAUGAAUGUGAUAAUAGUAAAGAUUAUGAAGAAAAGAAGUGUGGAGGAGGUGAGGACGGGCAGCUCGAACCACAAAGAAGCCACUCUUUCUUGGACGGCACCAAUCAUUUUUUAGGACAAACAUUCAAGGAUAAGAAAACAUUAAAACUUUUGUUGAAGCAGGCGUCGGUGAAAAUAUCGUUUAAUUACACAACUCUAAAGAGUAGUAAGAAAUACUUGAGGGUGAGGUGCGUAGAUCGUACUUGCCGGUGGAUGGUACGCGAAUGUGCUAUCGGAGAAUUGGGUUGGUUUCACGUCCACAAGUACGUGGGAGAGCAUACUUGUGGCAUUGAUCAUGUCACGGAAAAGCACAAGAAUGUCACCGUGGAGGUCAUUGCCUCACUUAUUUUGAACUUUUUCGUCGAAAACAAAGGUCCAAGCCCGAAAGAGAUCGAGAGGAUCGUAUUUAGGGAGCUACAUUGCAGGCCAAGCUAUUGGAAGUGUUGGAUGGUAGGCGUCAUUACGAAGAACAUAGUUCGAGGUACGCCCGAGCAUGGAUAUGCAGUGCUUCCCGCAUUUUCAUAUAUUUUCAAUGGCCUCAACCCCGGGUCUAUUAAUUCUCUCAUGGUCGAUGAGGAGUCUGGCAGGUUUAUUUACUACUUUAUGGCAUUUGGGGCUUCCAUCCGUAGAUAUGCACACAUGAGAAAGGUCGUUGCCGUUGAUGACACGCAUUUUUUCGGCAAGUACGACGGCGUGUUGUUGUCCGUUGUCGCUCAAGAUACACAGAAUCAUAUCUAUCCUUUAGCGUAUUGUGUGGUGGAUAAGGAGAACGAUGCGUCGUGGGGCUUCUUCUUCGAGAAGCUUAAGGCCUUUGUUGUCGACGAACCAGAGCUGUGUGUUAUCUCCGACAGACACGCGUACACGUUGGAAGAAUUUAAUGACUACUUCUACGCCUUUAAAGAAAGAUGCCCCAACGCAGUAGCUUACCUCGAGAAAGAAGUAGGAUUUGAAAAGUGGAACCGAGCUCACUUUCUAGGUAAUCGAUUCAACUUCAUGACCUUAAACAUCGUCGAGUCGCUCAACUCAAUGUUGCUCGACGAAAGAGAGUAUCCAGUGACGGCCAUUUUUAAUUCAAUUGCACAUAGAUUUGGAGAAAUAUUCAGGAAGAUGUAUGCGGAGGUGGACAAUUCAAAGACAACCUUCGUUCCCGUAGCCGAGAUGAUCUUGAGGGAAAACAUGACCAAGGAGGAUAAAUUAUAUGUGAACAACAUAAACGAAAGCAUCGAUGAAUUCACCGUGCUUGGAUACGGUCGUUCCGCAAAAGUUAAUCUUUCGAGAUGGUCAUGUUCUUGCAGAAAGUACAACUUGGUGAAAUUGUCAUGCGCUCAUGCAAUGGAAGUAUUGCGUUUAAAGCUUGGGGAUGAAUACGGCACUAGCAUUUACAACUACUCUUCACAAAUAUAUUCGAAAGAAUCAUACCUCCUUGCAUACUUGGAACCUAUUUAUGCAGCACCACUUGAGUCGGAGUGGAGUGUGGCGCGAGAGUAUCUUGAAAUGCAAGUUCUUCCACUCGACUUCGAUCCCAAACUCAGAAGGAGGAAAGUGAAAAGAGUUAAGGGUAUGUUGGAGCCUUCAAGGUACAAGAAAAGAAACAAGUGCUCCAAGUGUAAAAGGCCGGGACAUAAGAGAACAACAUGCAGCCUUAAUGUAGGUUAA